AGGGUUCUUUCACAUUCAGUUAAUGAGCAUUUUGAAGUUGAUCAAUGAUUGUAACCAUAUGUGAAGUAAACCUAUCUGGGUUUUGAAAUUUGAUGUGGUGAUGGGUUUGAAGAAUUGGGUGUACUGAACAAAUUGGUGAGGGUUUCAGUUUCUUUUGAGGUGAGUGAGUUCUUUCACAAUCAGUUAAUGAGCAUUUUGAAGUAGGUUGGUGAUUGUAACUCUGUGUUCAUCUGUAGUUUAAGUCACUCUUUAGUUGGGUUUCGAACGUUGAAGUUGCUGUAAUGUGGGUUUGAAGAAUCGGGUUUGCUGAACAAGUUUGUGAGGGUUUUAGUUUCUGUUGAGGUGAGAUGAGUAUGCAGGAAAACAGUUGUAAAGAGAAGGGUUCGAAUGUGGUUGAGAAAGUUGUGAUUGUUGCUGUUAAAGCAUCUAGAGAAGUCACAAGAACUGCUUUGGUUUGGGCUUUAACUCAUGUUGUUCAACCCGGUGAUUGCGUUAAGCUGCUGGUUGUCAUCCCUGCUCACAGUUCAAAGAAAAAGUUAUGGGGUUUUUCAAGGUUCACCAGUGAUUGCGCUGCUGGUCACUGGAAAUAUCUCUCCGGAACUAUUUCAGAUCAGAAAGACUAUAUUACGGAUUUGUGCUCCCAAAUGAUGCUUCAACUCAAUGAUGUUUAUGAUGCAGAUAAGACAAAGGUCAAGGUAAAAGUCGUUUCUGGCUCACCUUGUGGAGUAGUGGCAUCGGAAGCCAAGAGAGCUCAUACAAGCUGGGUCGUAUUGGAUAAACGGCUGAGAAAAGAGGCAAAACCCUGCAUGGAACAGCUGGAAUGCAAUGUUGUGGUGAUGAAACGGUCUGGACCAAAAGUGCUCCGAUUGAAUUUGGUUGGAUCGCCUAAGACGGAAUCUGAAGUGGCCUGCCCACCAUCAUCCAUGUCAGCAGCAUCUGCGGAACAUCUAAAAAACAAGUAUGACCUGUGGAAUGUGAUCCGGGUGCCAAAUGUGACUCCAGCAAGCAGUCCGGAGCAUACAUCAUUCACUACCACUGAUGCCGGGGCGUCAUCACUGUCAAGUUUAGAUCUAGCGGCCUCUCCUUUUAUCCUCUCUGAAAUCAAUUGGGAUCUAAAGAGAGACAGUUUGGUAUUUAAUGAAGGAAAUCAUAAUCUUGAUGAGUCUGAUUCCGACACUGAGAGUGAAGAGUUGAGUUCCCCUUCCCCUUCAACAAGUUUUUAUUCCCGAUCUUGGAUGGCAGAUAUUCUCAGCUCUGCUAGUGAAUUUUCAAAGCAUUUGGUGGAAGGUUCACAAAGAUCGAAUGUCAAAUCUAUGACUUCCAUGUCUGAUGCCUUGAUGGGGAAGUUCUCUGAGCUUGAUCGAGAACAUGAAAUAGGAAUGCUGAAUCAUAGGUUUGAUUUGGACUUGAACCAAAAUGUGAGAGAAGUGAUAUCAUUAUCAAGAAAUGCACCUCCCGAACCACCCCCAUUGUGUUCAAUAUGUCAGCACAAAGCACCUGUAUUCGGAAAACCUCCAAAGUGGUUCAGCUAUGCUGAACUUGAACAUGCCACAAGGGGAUUCUCACAAGCUAAUUUCUUGGCAGAAGGUGGAUUUGGUUCUGUACACCGAGGGGUCUUAUCGGAUGGGCAGGUUAUUGCUGUCAAGCAAUAUAAAUUGGCUAGUUCUCAGGGUGAUCUUGAAUUUUGCUCGGAAGUGGAGGUCCUAAGUUGUGCACAGCACCGGAAUGUUGUCAUGUUGAUUGGAUUCUGUGUUGAGGAUAAAAGAAGGUUGCUUGUUUAUGAAUAUAUUUGCAAUGGGUCUUUGGAUUCUCACCUUUAUGGACAUAGUCAGGAGCCACUGGAAUGGUCUGCACGACAAAAGAUUGCAGUUGGAGCUGCUCGAGGGUUGAGAUACCUUCAUGAAGAAUGUAGAGUGGGUUGUAUUGUGCACCGUGAUAUGCGCCCAAACAAUAUCCUUCUCACUCAUGAUUUUGAGCCAUUGGUUGGAGAUUUUGGGCUAGCAAGGUGGCAGCCAGAUGGAGACUUGGGUGUGGAAACAAGAAUAAUUGGAACAUUUGGGUACUUGGCUCCAGAAUAUACUCAAAGUGGCCAAAUCACUGAAAAAGCUGAUGUCUAUUCCUUCGGAGUAGUGUUGGUGGAGCUUGUCACUGGACGGAAAGCUGUUGACGUGAGUCGGCCCAAGGGCCAGCAGUGCCUAACUGAAUGGGCACGCCCUUUGUUGGAAAAAAAUGCCGUUGAUGAAUUGAUUGAUCCUUGCUUGAGGAACUGCUACUCAGAACAAGAGGUUCAUUCUAUGCUGCACUGUGCUUCCUUGUGCAUCAGGCGGGACCCUCAUUUAAGGCCUCGCAUGUCUCAGGUGCUCCGAAUGUUGGAAGGCGAUAGUGUCAUGAACUAAUCACAUAUGUUGAAGGAUGUGGACGGAG